AUGCUCUUUGUGCUUUUGAACGGACAGAGAACAACUCUUCCAUACCCUCUCGCAUCCUGUGUUUCACUGAAAGUGGAUAUUCUUGUACGAGUUGAUGGUAGUACUAGUUUAAGUGGAAUUCACUUUUUAGAUUUGGGGAAAGUAGUUGACAAGGACUUAAAAGCUAUAGUGAAGGGAAGGAUUGCAUGGUCAGAUGAAGAGGAAGCUGCAAUUAAGGAUGGAGUAUCAAAACACGGUGUUGGAAAAUGGCGAAUAAUUCUUAAUGACCCCGAGUUUAGCACUACGUUGAAACUCCGUACAAAUGUGGACCUCAAGGAAAUGCAUGAAUCUAAUUCAUGUGCUAUUGUUAAUAUCAUUGCAAGCAAGACAGGUGCAUUUACGUUUGAUGACGGAAAACUGAAGAGGCUAACCAAUGCCGAGCAGCCAUCCAGUUCUGCUCAAAAUCAGGACAAAUUGCCCCCUCCAAACUUGAAGGUGUAUACGCGGAGAAACAAAAAAACUGUCACCACUGACGGAGAACUAAACAAGGAGAAAUUGCCACCUCCAAACUUGAAGUUGAUUUCGGAGAGAAACAAGAGAAUGAUCACAUCAGAUGGAACACUAAAAGAGCGAGAAAUGGAGUAUGAUGCGACAGCCUCAGCAGGCAGCCUGCAGGAUGGAGUUUGUGCUGAGCCGAUAAGGGCAAGGCGGAUGAGUAGUGGUGAGGAUUCAGCUGCUGUCGCAGCAGCACUUAAAAAGGCCAAAACUGCUACUGCAUCUGGUGAGGAAGCCGAAAAGGAGGCUGUAAAGGUGAGGAAGCAGAAAAGGAGGCUGUAA